AUGCUGGAGACGGACUUGCUCUGCUCGCCACAGCCUUUGAAUACAAGCAGGAACAUGAGCAGUCCCAUGGUCGGGUCAAAAGAACGGGGAGCCUCCAGAAGCAGCUUCGUCCCGGAGCUCCAGAGCAUGAUGUUUGCCCUGGGAGAUGCUCGCAGACCACUUCAGGAUACCGCUGCUCUGAUGGAGGACAUUGUUCACACUCAACUCAUCACUUUGCUACAUUUGGCCAGUGAAGCAGCAAGCCUACGGGGGUCAAGAGUCAUAUCAGUCGAGGACAUUAUUUUUGUGAUGAGAAGAGACAAAAGAAAGGUGGCCAGAUUAUUAAAAUACCUCCAGUUCAGGGAUUAUAAAUCUAAACUCUUAAAAAGUCUGGAUGAGGAUGAGUCACAACCAGAUUCAGACAGGUGGGGCUCCAUCUCCUCAGGGGGAGCUCAUCGCAGGCAGCGGCUGGCCCAGGACUACCUGCUGUGGAUGGACCAAACUGGAGAACUACUGACUCUGGCUGAAAAAUCAGAGUUGGACCCAGUGAAACAGGAGCGCCUGGAGCGCUUAGAGCGGCAAACACGACACAUGGACCAGGCUCAGUAUUCAGAGUUCUGCGAGAGCCGUCAGCUCAGUUUUGCAAAAAAGGCCUCAAAGUUUCGGGACUGGUUGGAUUGCAGCAGCUUAGAGCUGAAGCCAAACACUGUUGCCAUGGAGAUCCUGUCCUACUUGGCCUAUGAAACUGUUGCCCAGAUUGUAGAUGUGGCUCUGCUGGUGAGACAAGAAAUGACAGGAAAGAUUGAUGCUGUGAGUCACGUGAUCAGUGCAAGCCAUAUUCAGUACCAACUACCACACGAGGUGAAGAAAGAUCCAGAUUCCCCUGAAGCCACUCCCCCAUCCACUCCAGGCUCCUCCCACAAUACAAAGUCUCUAUCCCAGGGCAACGGCAGCCUGGACGGACGCACAAGGCAGAGGAAACGCAAAAAGAGUUCUCCAGUGGCAGCAGACCCACAGAGUGGAGCUCUACAGCCCUGCCAUAUCAGAGAGGCCAUUCGCCGAUUCAACUACAGGCACAUGAAUGGCUGUGGGAAGAAUGGAAUGGCUUUUUGUCUUCUUAAAUGA